AUGGGGCUCUUCUCUGGCGCCGGCAGCAGCAGUAAGGCCAAGGGCAAGGCCCACACCGUCCCUUUCCCCUCUGAGUUCCUCCCGCCUCCGCCGGCGCUGGCUCGCCGGCAGAGGCAGCGCGUGAACGUGCCAGUGCACCAGGCGGACUGGCAUUGGCAGCAGCGCGUGCCUCUGCCGUACCCCGACGCCACCCUGCCACACAACUGGUAUCUGGAUCCAGAGAGGAUCCCAGUGCCGGCGGCGCCGCGGUCAGCUAGGGCGCACGUGGAGGAGGUGCGGCGCCGGCGGGUGCUGCUGAUGCCGGAGCAGCAUCGCGACGCCGCCUAUGCAUCCGACUCGCCGAACUGGAAGAGGUGGUUCGCCUUUGAGCACAAGGAGGCGAGGCGACGCGGCGUGCGCGAGGUCGACCGCAGCGUGCCGCCGCCCCCACUCGUCGUCCGCGAGGAGGACCAGGCGACGGAGGACGCCUACCAGGCGGCCAUUGCGGCGGUCUACCGCGAGAGCGAGGAGGACGAGCGGUCUGGUUCCAGCCGAUCUUUUUAUCCACAUCCAAAUCAUUUCAACCUCAAAGAGGGUGAUGCAAACACCAAAUUUUUUCAUCGCCAGGUGAACGCUAGAAGACGCAAGAACCACAUACACCGUAUCAAGCACAAUGGUGGAUGGGUCACUGAGCACUCUCAAAAGGAGGCUUUUGUCCACGACUAUUUCUCCUCGACCAUGGGAAAAGGCUCCACGGCGACCACAGACUUCAACUGGGAGGGGUUGGACAUUGAGGCUCGUGAUGAUUUGGGCAACCUCGCGGACCCUUUCUCCGAGGAGGAGGUGCGUGAGGCCAUCAACCAGAUGCCUGGUGACAAGGCGCCCGGCCCGGAUGGAUUCACCGGGCUUUUCUUCAAGAGUUGUUGGGCCAUCAUCAAGCAUGAUAUUAUGAAGGCCAUCUUUUGCUUCGGUAACCUCCGCACGGCCAACCUUCAUUGGGUCAACUCCGCCAACAUUAUACUGCUCCCAAAGAAGGAUGGAGCUGAAGAAAUCUCCGACUACCGUCCAAUUAGUCUGAUUCAUGCUAUUCCCAAGAUCAUUGCAAAGGUCCUUGCCAUCCGUCUUAGCCACCACAUGCUCCACCUUGUCUCCAACGCGCAGAGUGCUUUCAUCAAGACAAGAAGCAUCCAUGACAAUUUCAUGUAUGUGAGGAAUCUUGCGCGGAGGCUCCACAAGUGCAAAACCCCUUCGCUUCUCUUCAAGUUGGACAUUCGGAAGGCAUUUGAUUCAGUCAAGUGGGAGUAUAUCAUUGACCUCCUCCGCCGUAGGGGGUUCCCGAGCAUUUUCAGAGAUUGGAUCACCGCCCUACUUUGCUCCUCUUCCUCGCGGAUUCUUCUUAACGGCGUCGCUGGCAGCCCCAUCAUCCAUGGCCAGGGUCUUCGACAGGGGGACCCUAUAUCCCCCUUGCUAUUUGUGCUCGCGAUCGACCCACUCCAAAGAAUUCUUGAGAUGGCGGCAACUACAGGGCUAUUUCAUAAAAUCCGUGGCCGUGGGGUUCUUUUACGAACCUCCCUUUAUGCGGACGACGCGGCGGUCUUCAUGGCACCCAUCAAGCGCGAUAUUGACCACCUCUCCAACAUCCUUUGUCUUUUUGGCGAUGUCACCGGUCUAGCCACCAACUUUCACAAGAGCUCGGUCAUCCCAAUCCGUUGUGGGCACAUCAACCUGUCGGACAUCCUUCAAAACCUUCCGGCGGCGCGCGGAUCCUUCCCCAUGAAAUACUUAGGCCUCCCGCUCUCUGUGUGGCGGCUCAGGAAGGUGGACUUUCAGUUCUUGGAGGAUAAGGCGCCGGCAAAGUUGGUCCCUUGGGACGGGCAAAACAUCACGUCUAUGGGACGCACCGCCUUGGUCAAGUCGGUGCUUGCCUCCCAAGCCAUAUACUUCAUCACUACACUCGUCCUCCCCACAAGCACCCUCAAAAAUCUCCACAAGCUUGAGCGAGCGUUCCUUUGGGAGGGAACUGACAAGACCACCGGGGCCAAAUGCAAGGUUAAUUGGGACACCGUUUGCCGCCCAAUUGCUAAUGGGGGUCUUGGAGUGCUAAACACGGAGAAAUUUGCUAGGGCACUGAGGAUUCGUUGGAUUUGGUUUGAGUGGAAGGAGCCAACUAAGAUGUGGGUUGGCAUGGGCAACCCGUGCGAUAACGCAGACUACAACUUCUUCUAUGCCUCCUCAACUAUUAUUGUGGGAAAUGGCGCGCGCACCCCCUUUUGGGACUCUCUGUGGGUGCACAACCGCAAACCCAUGGAUUUGGCCCCUCUCAUCUACGCGGCGUCAACGAGGAAGAAUUGGAAGGUGCGGGAAGCACUAAAGGAUGGCGCUUGGGUUAAAAAGAUCAAGAUGACGUCCGAUUUUUCUAUAGAGCACUUCAGACAAUUUCUCGAGCUUUGGGCCACCAUCCGGGAUUUUCACCUACAGGAGGAUAUUGACGACGACAUUGUUUGGAAGCAUUCUACUAGUGGCCUCUACACGGCGGAGUCCGCCUACAAAGCGCAAUUUCUCGGCCUCAUUCGCUCUCCCUUGGAGCAUGCAGUGUGGAAAAUCUGGGCUCCACCCAAGGUCAAGUUCUUUGCUUGGCUGGCCAUCCAAAAUAGAGUCUGGACUGCGGAUCGUUUGGCCAAGCGCGGUUGGCCUAACUGUGGCUCAUGCCCCUUAUGCAUGCGUGAGAAUGAAUCGGUUGACCAUCUCUUCUUCAAAUGUCGUUUCAGCAUUCGCCUAUGGGGCUUGGUCAAGGCGUGGCUGCAACUCAUUCACAUUGACACCUCUACUUGGCCCCUGAGGCAUUCCACCUUAGAAUGGUGGCUUGGGUUGACUGAUGCUUCCGUCCCCAAUCGGAAGGCCAUGGCCUCGCUCACCAUGCUCACUACAUGGACGAUCUGGAACGAGCGAAACGCUCGUGUAUUCCGCAACAUGGCAGCUCCGCCUACGGUUCUUCUCGACAACAUCAAAAGGGAGGCAUCAUUUUGGGUCGCCGCCGGAGCUAAGAAGCUAGGGUCCAUCAUGCCGGAAGAGUGA